CUCUUGUUUCUUGUGUUACAUCCUAUCUGUCGUGAUUGGACAGAACCAGAGCUAAACUCUUUGUUUCUUCUUAUAAUGUCUUUCUACAAAACGUGGGUCUAUGUCGGUAUUGGCAAUGUUAUAUUGCAAUGGUGCUCUAUAGAGUUGUAUCGGACUCAGUUGUAGUGAACUAAAAGUGUUUGGAUAGUUCUGUCAACAGUUCUUCUACUUCACAAUGCCGCUCAUUCAGUUGCAGUGUUCUUAUUUCAGUCUACUUUAUGUGUUGGCAAGUGUACACAGCCUCCCCAAUACUAAAAAUAUGUGCAUGCAACCAGACCCAGAGUUGGCGAGCCUAGAUGCUUCAUGUCGUCAAGACUCGGACUGUGUGACCAAGUAUUGUAGCGACCAAAUCUGUGCAUGUCCAAGUAAUCACUACUUUGAUAACUGCCAACUCUCUUGUCAAGAAGAAAAUGAUGAAGCUGAUCAGAUAAUGGCCAUGAAGGCUGGUACCACUGCCAUUGGAACUUUUCUUCUUAUUGUUGUCUUAGUUGUGAUCAUGAUCAAAGAGAGGUCAAGGGAUGCUACUCCAAAAACAAGCAAAACCAAAACUAAACAAGCCUCCAAGAAAAGUGUCGCCAAUGGCAAGACUUCAAAUUCUACAGCCAUGAAACCGAAGCCUUACACAGCAGCCCUCACACCAAAGCCUAACACAGCAGCCUUCAAACCAAAGUCUAACACAGAAGCCAUGACAAAGAACUUUCACGCAGUAAACAUGACACCAAAACCUCCAUACAAAGUCACUCAAUCUACUGGUCAGACGUAUCCAAUAAAGUCACCGACGUUGGCUGUGGUACCGCCUGACGAGACAAGGUUCACAACGAACAAUCCUAUCUACACUAUUGCCUACAGUAAUACUGACAUUCAUGUGUAUAACACAGCCUAUGAAAAUGUUGCCUUUGCUGCGAGUUCCGAUAACAUCUACGAAACCAGCACAAGAUUGUAAUUGAUAUUGACCUUACGAUACCAGACAUGAACUAUUUCUGGUUGUUUUUUUUCUUUUGGUCAAAUAAUUAUAGCGGAAAAUAUAUGAAAUGCAAGCAUAAGUUCAAAUAUACUAGUAUUAAUUUGAUUUUUUAAAUAUAUUUUUUACCAUUUAGUUUUAUUAAAUGGGCUUAAAGCUCAAA